AUACUUCAUGGUAGUUUGAGUUAAUCUGCUAUGCCACUGGACACAAAGGUCAUACAUCAUUUAAAGAUGACACUAAGCGCACCGAUGUGGCCCUGCCUGUUCACGUUCAGUUUGGGAACCGCAACCCAACUCCCCUCUGUUUAGAGAGGGAAAAACGUUUUAGCGGAGAACACCACAAGCUGUGGGGAUCACGAGCGAGACUCACCCGCUGAUCUUUCACCUCGAGGCAUUCUUCUGCCUGGUGCGCGGAGACUGCGACUGUGCGAGCCAAACAUCCCUAGACUACACCAGCCCUGCUGGUCUGCGUCCUGGUUUGAGGACUCUUCUCUCAGUUACACGCGCGUUUGUUCUGUGAACUCAGGGAAGUGCAACGGUUUUUCUUCGGAUAUAAUUGAGAAUUUAAACAAUAGGCUACGUUUAUUUGGUGUCUGAGAACGUUCGUUGCCUUGUCUGAGGAUGGAUAAAGGGAGGCUUGUACCAAGUUUGCUGUUGGCGAGUGUGGUACUCUUCAUGGGCUUCACCGGGGCUUCUGAAAUGCAAGUGAUUGACAUGCUGGAGCUGCAUGAUGCCAAGCAGAGUGUGUCUGCGGCGGGGAAGAUUUCCGGGGCUCUGGGCGAGAUAUCAGACCUUUAUCUGGUGUCCACUCUGCGUCUUCCACCCAAACUGGGAGGAGUUCUCCUGGGUCUCUACAAUAAAGACGACAACAGGAAGUACCUGGAGGUGGCCCUGAUGGGCAAGAUCAACAAAGUUCUGGUGCGCUACAUACGUGAGGAUGGUAAAAUCCACACAGUGAACCUCCAGAACCCCAGCCUCUCCGACGGCCGAACCCAGUCACUCAUCCUCCGAGUGGGCGGGCUCAGACGUAACCACCUCCACCUGGAACUUUAUGUCAACUGUCGAUUGGCCGACUCAGCACAGGGCCUGCCAUCAUUGGUUCAGCUGCCAGAAGAGCCGGAGUCUGUGGAGAUACGCAAUGGGCAGAAGACCUAUGCAAGGCUACAGGGCUCAGUGGACUCUCUAAAAUUGGCUCUGGGUGGCUCCGUAGCCAAAGCUGGAAUCCUGACUGACUGUCCAUUUCAGGGAGAUACAUCCUUUCAAAAUUCAGUUGGUGCCGACGUCAGUGCCAUUCUGGGUGACCACACCAAGGCUUUGAUCGGCCAACUGAUCAUCUUCAACCAGAUCCUGGGCGAACUCCGAGAGGACAUCAGGGAACAGGUGAAGGAGAUGUCUCUGAUAAGGAACACCAUCCUGGAGUGUCAAGCGUGCGGCUUCCAUGAGCCCCACUCUCGCUGUGAUCCCAACCCCUGCUACAAAGGCGUGCCCUGUACAGAGAUCCGGGAGUACCCAGGUUACCGUUGUGGUGCCUGCCCAAAUGGAAUGACUGGGAAUGGCACCCAUUGCAAGGACAUUGACGAGUGCGCCCUAGCCCAGCCCUGUUUCUCCACUGAGGGGUGUGUGAACACAGCCCAGGGCUUCACCUGCGAACCCUGUCCUGUGGGCUUCUCGGGACCUCCCCUCAGCGGUGUCGGGCUGGAGUUCGCCAAUAGCCACAAGCAGGAGUGCAACGAUGUGGACGAGUGUGCUGACCUCUCCAACACCUGCGUGCCCAACUCCAUCUGCGUCAACACAGAGGGUUCGUUCCAGUGCGGUCCGUGUAAAGACAGUUUUGUGGGCAACCAGACGGUGGGGUGUUUCCUGCGGAGGUCCUGCGCCACCCUGGGGUAUGACCCGUGCGAUGUCAACGCCCACUGCCUCAUAAAGGGUGCCGCCGAGAUCUCCUGCGUGUGUAAUGUGGGCUGGGCCGGUAAUGGAAACACGUGUGGUCCAGACCGCGACAUGGACGGCUACCCCGACCUGGCACUACCCUGCAUAGACAACGACUAUCACUGCCGAGCUGACAACUGCGUGAACACGCCCAACUCCGGCCAGGAGGACGCCGACGGCGACGGUAUAGGUGACCAGUGUGACGAAGACGCCGACGGAGACGGGAUCAAGAACGUGGAGGACAACUGCCGCCUGGUCCCCAACAAGGACCAGCAGAACUCGGACACGGACUCAUACGGGGACGCGUGUGAUAACUGCCCUAACGUUCCCAACGGAAGCCAGAGGGACACGGAUGGAAACGGAGCGGGGGACACCUGUGACAAUGAUAUCGAUGGGGAUGGUAUCCCCAACCUGCUAGACAACUGUCCCAAGGUUCCCAACCCCAUGCAAACAGACCGCGACGGGGACGGAGUGGGGGACGCCUGCGACAGCUGCCCGGAAGUCAAUGACCCCAUGCAGUCUGAUUUGGACAACGACCUGGUGGGAGAUGUGUGCGACACGAACCAGGACAAGGACGGUGAUGGCCUGCAGGACUCUAGGGACAACUGUCCAGAUGUCCCUAACAGCUCCCAACUGGACUCAGACAACGACGGGAUUGGCGACGAAUGCGAUGGUGACGAUGACAAUGACGGCAUUCCCGAUUGGGGACCUCACGGAGCGGACAACUGCCGUCUCAUCGCCAAUCCCAGCCAGACAGACACCGACGGAAAUGGUGUUGGUGACAUGUGUGAGAAUGACUUUGACAACGACUCCGUGCUAGACUUGAUCGAUGCAUGUCCAGAGAGUGCUGAGGUCACAAUGACUGACUUCAGAGCCUACCAGACGGUCAUCCUGGACCCAGAAGGAGAUGCCCAAAUUGACCCUAACUGGAUUGUGCUCAAUCGGGGUAUGGAGAUUGUUCAAACAAUGAACAGUGACCCUGGUUUGGCCAUAGGCUACACAGCUUUUAACGGCGUGGACUUUGAGGGGACGUUCCACAUCAACACGGCUACGGACGACGACUACGUGGGCUUCAUCUUCAGCUACCAGGACUCGUCCAGCUUCUACGUGGUCAUGUGGAAACAGAUGGAGCAGAUUUACUGGCAGUCGCAGCCUUUCAGGGCUUUGGCCCAGCCAGGUUUACAACUGAAGGCAGUGAAGUCUCGCACGGGUCCCGGUGAGUACCUCCGUAACGCCCUUUGGCACACCGGCGACACCCCGGACGAGGUCACCCUGCUGUGGAAAGACCCCCGGAACGUGGGCUGGAGGGACAAGACGUCCUACCGCUGGCACCUCAGCCACCGCCCACAAGUGGGCUACAUCAGGGUGAGGCUUUACGAGGGCAUGACGCUGGUGGCGGACUCGGGCGUCGUCGUGGACACGUCGAUGAGGGGCGGGCGGCUGGGCGUCUUCUGCUUCUCCCAGGAGCAGAUCAUCUGGUCCAACCUGGGGUACCGCUGCAACGAUACUGUACCCGAAGACUUCGAGUUCUACCGCAAGACGAUCCACAUCAGGGUGUGAGCCUUGCACAGCAUCUGUGCAGAUACACUGCAUUGGCUACGGCAUCACCUGCGCCUUUGCCGGCGUGGUGUUGUGUGUAUGUGUGUGUUUGCAUGUAUACGCGCGUGUGUGUGUGUGUGCGUGCGUGUGUGUGUGUGUGUGAGUGCAAGGGCGUCGUUGUGUGAGUGCACUAAUUUGCAUAUGUCCAUCGUUGAAAUACAUUCACUAAGGAGAUCUUUGUGUUACCCACGCAAAACAAAAAACUAUUUACACCUGACUACACUGUGUAAAAUAAAAGUUGAAUGUUUUUUUUUUUUACUAUUCCUCACUGAAUACAUGGUGCUGCAGAUGACUAAAACUCUUAAAGUUAGCUGCGAUUCAUUCAAACUCAACACAGUAAUGUUUAUAAUGUGUCUUCCUUUCCAAUAUUCCUCCCAUGCUCACACACCUCUGGCAUUGUAAGAAGGUAUUCACACAUUUUGGACCUAAAAGACAAAGAAAGUGUAACAAUUUGUGAUUUAAAUGGGUUCAAUUGUGUAAUAAAAUAUGUAAUAUCAAAGCAUAAGAAAAAAAUAAUAUCAGUGAAUAGUGGAACAAGAACAUUCCUUCAUAUGAUAUGAGGAGGCAGGUAAAGUAGCUGAUAUAUUAUCUGACCAAUAACUAGAUUGAAUCUCAGCACUGACAAGGGACACGUCUGGUCUGAUCCCUAAGCGAGACAGUGAACUCUGUAUGCUUCAGUGUUGUUGCUGUAAAUGAGAAUGUGUUCUCAGUCAACUAACCAGGUAAAAUAAAUCAAUACACAUUAUGUUUGAAAUACCUUUGACUGAAAUAAAAUAAAAAAGAUUGAGAGAAUCCGGAGUAAUCUCUGCAAGGAAUAAGGCCAAAAAUGGCUGUGAUCUUAGGGCUCUCAGGUUGCACGUAUUACAACAGCAUGGCUCUGUAGUAAAAGAUUCCAGGUGCUAAACUGGUUGUUCGUGUAACAUAUCUGAUUUGUUGUUAUUGUUAUUCACAAUCUACCAAUCACUGCCCUUCAUGAGUAUCAAGAAAGAUACCUGAUCUCAUAGUUGAAUCUAUGCUUGGAAUUUUAAAUGUGACUGAGAGAUUGUAAUAUAACUGCACUGACAGUUUUACUGAACUGAGUCCUUAAACUUAGUGUCAUGUCACACAACAUACCACUAAAUACGCAGUUAAACUGUACAAAGUUAGUAAAUUACAGUAUGCAUCUGAGUUCACAAAGACUUUGAUGCUCUAUGUCAGAGGUAGCCUGUGAGAUUUCACAAAGGGACAUGUUUUCAUAAUAAUAAAUAUCUCAAUACACAAUCUUUUCUUUUACUAAGACUGUGUAUAUCGAUAAAAUGUAACCAACCCAACAUGUAUACAGUUUAUCAUAGCAGUGUUUCUUAACACCAAUAGUUGGAUUCUGCCAACACCACACAUUUGAUGUCACUGGAAUCACACAUUGUCCAUAGGAUUGUUUUUUUAAAUUUCAAAACAAAGGGAUUACCAGUGUGUAUUUGUAUACAGUG